ACAACAACAGGCACAGUAAAAUAGUACGCAUGUGCUCGUCCUGUCGUCGCUGUGCACGGGCUGCCAUUCAGCAUUUACGUCGGUUGUGUGAGUGAUCGCGCGGAGCGCGGGAUAUGUUUGUGGGGGUUUUUAUUCGACUUUUGUCUGCUAGGCGCACACACAGCACCGGAUGUUCACCGUCAUAACUGCAAUAUCCGUCUGGUGCGGAUUUUUCAGCAAAUUUUAUUAAUGUGUCUCGCUAUCGAUCUUCGCUUCCCGGCAUUCUGGAAUAUUAUUGCAUUUGCGAAAUUAUUGUACGGAGAAAUCGUAUCCCGUGAUUUCCUGAUUACAAUUAUCCGGAUUGUUUCAUGACUUCCGCUGCAAUUUAUACUGUUUUCCUCAUUCUUCUGCGCCCUCUUUACCGUGACCUUUUGUCGAUCAGUUUAUCUUUAUUGCGUUGUUAUUUAAAACCGGCAUUUUCACGCCAGUUUUACAUGAUAAUAAUCUUGGUGACCUUUACGUUAGCGUUAUUAAGAGAACAUAUAUUAAACUGUUAUUAAAACUUCUUAACGGUUCAAAAGCUAAUCAAAAUCGGUGGAAAUUUUGUACUUUCUGUGGCAGAAAGACAUUAAACUUAUUUUUUUUAAUUACUUGGAUGCGAUGAAUGUGGGAAUAUGUUGUAUGUAAGCGAUGAUUACAUGCAGUCAAUUAUGCGUAAUACCGUUUCUGUUUUUGAUUGAGUGCUGAUCGCGGCAGCGCAGAGAUCCCGGCGACUCCCGGCUCAGUUAAAACAGCUGUAUACCAUUAGUUAAUUUCAUUUUCAUCGCCCGGCUAUAAUUAACACUGGAAGCCAAUCGACGCUGACAGUUCCCCAUCGGAGCGGCGAAAGAUCACGCGUGUGGAUUAUAUCCACUGCCAGCCACCGAAUCCGUACUGCUCAUCUUUCAGCAGUGCUCUUGCGCUUUUCCACUUUUACCUCACCUUCCAUUACAAUCGGCCAUUUUUUGCCCAUUUUUUCCCUUGAGGAAUUUUGUUUUCUUUCGGAAUUCCCAACGGUCAACAAACCGAAUAUUUUGAGUGGAGGAUAUUUAUUCGGGGCGCAGACGGGGUGUUGUUUGGCUCGCAUGUGUGUACCACAUUCCGUGUGCGGGGAUGGUCAUGUUCUAAAUACUUUUGAUCCCUGUAUUCUCACCACGAGGAAUGCGGUGAGCGGAUUCGGAAAUAUGAGCAAUUUGUCAUCGUGGAAUACGAUCGUCCUCAGUGCCCUGACCAUCUAAACCGCGCCUACCAUGACGCCGACCAAUAAUAGCACGACACUUUUCGACGCGCGUCCCCUGCGCUGCGACACCGUUGAGUCCGAUGAGCGCGCCAUCCGCUACCUGUCCUCCAUCUACCUGAUCAUGGGCCCGGUGUUCCUGGCACUAUGCGCCCUAGCUUUCCUGGGCAACGCCCUGAUCCUGUCCACGGUGUUCUUCAUCCGCAAGAAACAGCUGACACCGACGCUGAUGUUCAGUCUGUCCCUGGCGGCAGCGGAUGCCGUGGCGGCAGCCGCCAUGGGGGUGGGCAUCCUGGUGAACAACAUCCUCUUCUGGAACAUCCACGUGGACAUGGAGUACCGGGCGUGUAUACAGUUCGUGGUGGAGGCGCUGCGGCUGAGCGGGAUGGUGUGCUCGGCGCUGCAUUUCAUGGCGCUGGCCAUUAAUCACUGGAUGGGCAUCACGAAGCCGCUGCAUUAUGCAUCGCGGAUGACGCGGCAGAAUGCGGCCAUUUGCAUUGCGGUGAUGUGGAUACUGCCGGAUGUGAUAUUUUUCAUAUAUUUCGUCUCGAUUCCCGAUGAGGGCUUCCGCUCCCCAUACUGUCAAAGGGACGAUUUUGCGCACAAAUUCGCCUUCCGCUUCUUCGUGUCCGCACUGUUCUUCGCCCCGUUAAUCCUGAUGUCGGUGGUGUACUUCCAUGUCUUCCUCGAGAUCCAUUUGCACCAGAAAAAAUUGAGCACCCUGGACUGCAGCGCAGCCAACUACAACACCAACAACGUCAGCAGCAGCGGGGGCAGUGUGAGCGUCAGCGGCAGUAUGAGCGUCACCGCCAGCCAGCUGGCCAGUACCGAGCGCAGCUAUCGCGAUGAGAAACGCCGCAUGGCCAGUAAUACACGGGCACUGAUCACCACGCUGAUUAUCCUGUUCGUCUACCUGAUUGGCUGGCUGCCGGCGGUGAUUAAUUACCUGCUGGUGUGCUAUGACUGUGUUAUUCCCCUGAGCAUAUCGCUUUGUAUCAGGCUGCCGACGAAUAUCAUCGUGAAUCUGCUAAUAUUAUUGAAAUUCCUGGUGUAUCCGAUUAUCUACACGGCACGUAUCCGGGAAAUCCGAACGGUGGUGACAUAUUACUGCGUAAAAUUAGGCUGCCGCAAACCGGCCUCGCAUCCGCGUUCCUUCGACCGCUUCGACAUCUCGCGCACCGGCUCCUUCAUGACGUCACUGCGCUACUCCACUUACCGUUCCCCGCGGAAGGGCAGCGACGCCAGCACCUCGCCCUCGAUGGUCACCCGCCGCUCAUCCGCCACGCAGGUGUACGGCGCACGCAAAGGUCCCUACCUCGACAUUUUACACGCGACCACACCCAACGGCACCGGGCCGCGCCGCGCCUCCAAUGGCUCACUGGGCCGACCCGACAAACCCGGAUAUCUCCCGUAUCCCACGCAAUCGCCCCUGCUGGAGGUUAACGAAAGCCUGAGCAGUCCGACCAGUGAACGCCGCGAAUUAAGCUCCAUGUGAUCAGUUCUCUGCAGCGCUGUAAAAAUAGCAAUCUUGCAGGAAACUGCGCGCGUAAGGCUGUAAUCUUGAAUGUGGCGAACGGUCGGGAUUCCCUGUACCGACGACGCUGUAAAGCGGCUAGUGCACAGUGUAUCUGAAACGUGUUCUUCCAUUAACUGAUGGUAAUGCUGCCUUGUGGAGAGAAAAAUGGUUCAUAUAAAUUAGGUUUAACUUGAUUUUGGCCUACUUUAUUUUGUUGUAUGGACAAGCGGAGAUGGGAAAGAAAGAGAAAGCGGGGGAAGAUAUCAUGCUGGUUUCCGUGACAGAAUGAGCGAUGUGACUGUCCCUUGGGGUUGACCUCAAUUGCUGUUUCAUGAUCGACUAAAAGCGCCCAUUGUUAUGGCGCACUGUCGGGAGUAAUUUUUUUUUCUUCUCUUUUUGCUCACUUUGUCGUUUGAUCAGUCUGCGGCAAGAUUAUUAUUACCGGUCAGAUGCACA